AUGGAUGAAUGGAUGGAUGGUGAUUUGAUCCGUGAAGAACGCAGAAACGUUAAACCUUUACGUAACCAAUGGGAGAAGAGAAUGAAGAAGUAUCGGGAGGAAACUGGUUCUUCUGGUACAAACUGCCCAGUGGAUCCGAAAGAUGAUAAUGCUUUCAGUGAUGGAGACAUUUCUACAAGCAAGAAUAUCGUUUGGAGUUUUAUUGGUACCAGUUCUUUGGAUUUAACCGGAAUUAGCCCCGAGGCUUCUCAGUCAUCUUCUUUCAUUCUCAGUACUUCUAUCGAUUACGCUAAAUCUUGUUUCUCGUCCGUUUUUUUUAUCUUCUACUAUUGGAUCAUUGUCAUUGUCAUUGUCACGAAAGCUAUCCGUCUUCACUUCGUUCUACCAAUAACUUCUUUUCCAUUAUCAUCUACUUCUAACAAAAGGGAUUGUUGA